AUGAUUAUGUUUGUGUGGUAUUUUUCAAGUAUUACCAUUAUUGGUCCAUCAUUUCUAACUCUGUUCAAUGUACAAGGGGCACCUAUAGUCUCCGAAGUUAAUAAUAAAAACGAAGUAGCUGUAUUCGGCCAUUUAAAUCCAGAUACAGAUGCUGUUGCUACAGCGAUUGCAUACGCUUCAUUUUUAAAGACAAUGAAUAUCAAUGCUAAAGCAUACCGUCUUAGUGAUCUCAAUAGAGAAACACAAUAUGUGCUCAAAAUGACUGGAAUAAAACAGCCGAGUCUUUUACCAGCCAAUAUCAGUGAUGGCACUGAAAUUGCAUUGGUUGAUCAUAAUGAAAGUCAACAAUCAAUAAAGAAUUUGAAAGAAUGA